AUGCGUAUGUUUGUAGUAACCCAACCCGGGUUGAAUUCAUUGUGCUGGGCGGGCGCCAUUUCUGCCCUCACGCCCAAGAUCUCGCUCAAAAUUACGAGAAUCGAAUUACCCGCUGGGGCUGGCACUCUGGCCUCCCCGCUGACGACGGCCAGCACACCAACGGCCGUCGUUUCGGAUUGGGACGGGGGCGAGGUGCUGAUGGCCGAGGUGGAAUACCUUGCACAUGUCGUCGCAAUGCCAAUCGUGUUGACUGUUGGAAUGGUGAAUCAAUGUUUGAAUAUCUUCACGCUGUUGCAUUUGCCAUCCACAGCUUUUCUUUAUUUGAAGGCUUCAGCCGUGGCGGAUAUCUUAUCGAUACUCAGCUUUAUACCAUUCUUGCUGAGGCAUGCUGACAUGCACGACAAUCGUUCCUACCCUGCUAUGUUCUACCACGCCCAUCUAGAAUUACCCAUCAUUAAUGCGUUAAUAGCGGCCAGUGCGCUAUGUAUAGUAGCCAUGACGGUGGAUCGAUACCUAUCCGUAUGCCACCCUAUCACCUUUUUCAAUUCUUCAGAAUCGAAGAAGCGAACAAUGGUUGUAAUCGGAUCUUUAUACCUCACCGCUUUCGUCGUCUUUUUCCCGUCAAUAUGGCAAAAAGUUGUGCGAGAGGACGAUACGCGACUACAUACGUACAGUUUGGAGAGGAAUACGAGUGUCGAGCAGAUGAAGAUCUUCCAAUUCUAUCUGUUCUUCAGGGAGCUAAUUUCGCGGUGGGGUCCGAUCGUCAUUCUCGUUAUCUUAAAUGCGGCCAUGAUCCGAAAACUGCGAAAGUUGGACCGUAAAACUUUAAGACGAAGCAUACGUCAAAGGUCUAACAACAGCGGCCGCUCCCCUCGAGAAGAUCGAUCACGAAUUUCUGUCCUUUUAUUGGUCACCGCGACAACUUUCGUGAUCUGCAAUCUUCCCGCUUCAUUUCUAUCCAUCUUUAUCGUCAGCUUGCCGAAGAACUCGACAUUUUGGCAGGUCUUCCGCGCCCUGAGCAACUUGCUACAAACUACGAGUUAUUUGUACAACUUUUACCUGUACGCCCUCUGCUCUUCGGAAUACCGGGAAGCCUUCAAGAAGUUGAUCGGUUGCCAGCAGAAUCGGUUGCUCAAGAUUUUCAACUUUUUGCGGGCGACGAGUACUUGUACUACACAAACGAGUGAAGACGGUCCUACAAAGAAGGGGAGUAGUAAUAUUCCGCUUGUUAAUAAGCCCGCAAACGGUCAUUGCUGUCCGGAAGUGAAAAUCUACAACGAAAACGAGGAGAUGCUCGGCGCGGUGGCUAUG